AUGCAGCCCAUUCGACUUUGGCUUUCCCUCGCGGUCUCCUUAGCUGGAACUGCUCUUGGCCAAGAUGCCACAGAGCGGAUUGAGGCAGCACUUGCAGCCCUGACCAUCACAAACAUUGCCGACGUUCGUGGCAACCUGCACCUACCCGCCACUCUGGACGGUUUUACUGUUAAGUGGUCGAGCAACGCGUCCUCUGUUAUCUCGGACGAUGGCGUUGUUAAGAGACAGGAUGAGAACACUCAGGUGGCUCUUACAGCAUCGAUCGAUCACGAAGGCGUCUCCCAAGAACGCACACUCAUCGCUUCUGUACGAAAGGCUGUGAAGCUGGAACCUUUUGCGGGUUACGCAUUCUCGUACUUCACAUCAAGCUCGAAAAGUGGCGAGAAUAUUUUCUUUGCUGCCAGCCAAGGAAAUAAUGCUCUCAAGUGGACGGAGCUGAACGCUGGCCAGCCUUUUCUGACCUCUUCCUACGGCACCAAGGGUCUUCGCGACCCAUUCCUCAUUCGGUCCCCAGAGGGCGAUACGUUUUACCUCAUCGCGACCGAUCUCUCUAUAGGCUCGGGUACAUCUUGGUCCAACGCCAUCCGAAUCGGCAGCAGAUACCUUGAGGUUUGGGAGUCGCAUGACCUCAAGACCUGGUCUGAGCAACGUCAUGUCCUUGUUUCCCCGCCUGAAGCCGGUAAUACCUGGGCGCCAGAGGCCUACUAUGACGAGGAGAUUGGAGCCUACGUGGUUUUCUGGGCCUCUACUCUUUACGAGCCUACUGACGUGGAUCGGACGGGUGCUACCUACCAGCGGAUGUUCUACGCAACUACUCGUGAUUUUGUCACAUUCAGCGACGCGCAGAUCUGGCAGGACGGUAAUGGAUUGUCCCGCAUUGAUUCGACGGUUAUCAAAUCGGGUGAUACGUACUACCGUUUCACCAAGGACGAAGGAUACAAUGGCACUGGAUGUAGUGAUAUCAUCCAGGAGAGCUCAAAAUCUCUUCGUGCAACGUUAGAAUCCUGGACCAUCGAUGCCUCUUGCAUUGGCCGUAAAGCUGGCACUAGCUCGAUCGAGGGCCCGACUGUAUUCAAGUCGAACCCCGGCGAUGCUAAUGGCGAAAAGUUCUACCUUUUCGUUGACGAAUACACCGGCGGUGGCUACAUUCCCCUUGAGACCGCCGAUGUCGGAAACCCCAACUGGACAAUGACACAAUCUUUCAAUCUUCCAACGAGCCCACGCCACGGCACCGUUAUUUCUGUUACAGCUGCUGAGCUCGCUGCUCUGACCAAGUCCGCCUCCGAUCCCGCCUCGGGAACCGUCAAUGCCGACGGUGAGAUUCUCCGUUAUAACUUCACAUCGGUUGAAGGUACCACCGUGAAUGACGCUUCGGGCAAUGGUAACAAUGGUGUGAUUUAUGGAAGCGCGGCUGUGAAAGACGGUGUUCUUACUUUUGAUGGCGUUGAUGACUUCAUCAAGCUUCCUGACAACGUUAUCUCUGGCGUUGAGAACAUUGCCAUUGAGGCUAGGGUUCUUCUCGAUGCUUCUCAGCAGACCCCUUACUUCAUCUAUGGGCUCGGUAACACACUUAAUGGCAACGGAAACGGUUAUCUCUUCACCACUGGCAGCCCCUACCGGGCAAGCAUUACUACUGGAAACUGGACUACUGAGAAGACUGCAUCGUCUGGGUCUCAACUACCUCAAGGUACCUGGCUACACCUGGUUUUUGUGCAACAAGGGCGCACUACCGCUAUUUACCUCGAUGGCUACGAAGUGGCAAGAAACGAAGACGUCAACAUCAGGCCGAGCAGCAUUGGUAGCGGUUCCACAUCCGCAAACUACAUUGGUCGGUCAGUCUACAGCGGUGACAAGCUUUUCAAGGGCCAGAUCCGUGAAUUUGCCAUUUUCAACAGAUCAUUGAGCGCAGCUGAAGUCCUCUCUCGCUCUGGAAACAUCGGAGCUAUUACGGAGGUGUCUCUUGCCGAUGCUUCUGCCCAAAAGGUGCCUCCGAUCAUCAACACGACAGCCACUCGGGUUCUGUUCCCUGUCAAGCCGGGCACCGACAUCACCGCCCUCGCCCCAGUCUUCACAACAACGGAAGGCGUAGUUUCUUCUCCGGCAUCUGGAACUGUUGUUGAUCUCAGCUCUGAUGUCACUUAUGUUUUGACCAAGGGCGAGGAAGUUAUUGCAGAGUGGAAGAUCAAGGCUGUUGAAAUGGGUAGUCCUGUGCUGCCCGGUCUUUAUGCCGACCCCAACGUCGCCGUAUUUAAUGGAACCUACUACAUCUAUGUGACCACUGAUGGCGUUCCAGGCUGGGGAGGCAACAGGUUCUACGUCUGGAAGUCAAAUGAUCUUGUCGACUGGACUCGAGGCGAAGAACCAUUUCUCGUCCUGGACGGAGCGAACGGCAACGUUCACUGGGCUACCGGAAACGCCUGGGCACCGACAAUCGCCGAAAGAAACGGCAAGUACUACUUCUACUUCAGUGGACAUAAUGCGGCUCUCAACACCAAGACCAUUGGCGUUGCCGUAGCCGAUGCGCCAGAAGGACCCUUCACCGCGCAGCCCGAAGCUAUGAUCCUCAACAACGAGGCCAUCACCGCUUCUCAAGCUAUCGAUCCGGCGGCCUUCCACGACCCUAUCUCUGGCAAGUACUAUUUGUACUGGGGAAAUGGACGUCCGCUCGUGGCAGAACUGAACGACGACAUGGUUUCGAUCAAGUGGGACACUCUCCAGGCCAUGACUGGUUUGGUCAGCUUUAGGGAAGGUCUAUUUGUAGUGUACCGUAAGGGGCUCUACCACCUUACCUACUCGAUCGAUGAUACCGGCUCUGAGAACUACCGUGUCGGCUACGCGACCUCUGAAUCAUUCGCUGGUCCAUGGAGUUACCACGGGGACAUUUUAGUGAAGGAUACUUCUCAAGGCAUCCUUGGACCCGGUCACAACUCCAUGUUCAAUGUUCCUGGCACGGAUGAUUGGUACAUUGUCUACCAUCGCUUUGCCAUCCCCGGUGGAGGUGGUUAUAGACGUGAGACUACUAUCGAUCACGUCUACUUUGACUCGGAAACUGGUCUUAUUAAGCCUGUUGUGCCAACUCUGACAAGCGUCAAGGCGCAGACCGUUCCGAAGCAGAUCCAACGGCGGUCUCGGGUGAUGCGUCUUUGA